AUGAGAGGCGUAAGCCCUCCGACCAGCUCCAAGGUAUCGCGAUCCCUAGGGAGAGAAUUGGAGAUGUUACUAUGUGAAGACCAGUGUCAAACGCAAUAUGAGCUGGCAGAAGUAUUGGGAGUUGAUCGUUCAACCAUUUCUGGACACAUAAUGCACAGGGAAUGGCCCAAAAGCAAGAAAAUUGGUUACCAGGAAUCAUCGGUUAUGCACAUCCGAAAAAAACGAAUCAUUGAUAAAACGCCGAGUGGACGUUUGCCAGAGAAACUUGAGAGGGCUCCAUGCAUUGUAAAUAUUUUAAAAAAUGGUGUUAGUCACUGUGCUGGCUGUAUUUUACACUCUAUGAUCGUCAUUACUGCUGCUUACUGUGUUCGUGACACCUAUCCUUUUGCAAAAUUUACGAUUUUAUCUGGCUCAGAAAUGAGAAACAAUGGAACUUUUCACCGAAUACAAAGGAAAUUACUACAUCCACACUCUGAUUUAGCUUUGGUUUUAGUAGAUCCACCUAUCGACAUUAAGAAUGGCCCCAACAGGAGAGUUGAUAUUUAUCGUGGAGCUGUACGUCCAUAUGCGUAUGGUCGUUUUAGUGGCUGGGGAUGUACCAGCCUUCCUGUUGGACGUGACCCAAUAUUUCCUGAACAGUUAAUGAUAACACGACUGCCAAUAAUUUCGGUUGAAGAGUGCAUUGAAUCUUUGAAAACUUAUAACGGAUACUCUCCUGUUACACAUAAAAAUAUUUGUACUCUGGAUAUAAGUAAUAGAAGAGGAACUUGUCACGGCGACGGAGGUGGACCUCUGCUUUAUCCCAUAAAUUCUCCGGGUCCUCUUAAACUGUUAGGAAUUAUGUCUUAUCUAAGAGGAGUGAUAAUAGGAAAACAUGCAGAUGUUUUUGUUAACCUUAAUCAUCCAGAACUUCAUCUAUGGGUUAUUCGAAAAAUGCAUGAACUUCAAGCUGGUGAAGCUUAG